GUCACUACAGUGGUGCUCAGUGUGGGGCAAGUGAGGGGGCUGGUGCUGCUUCCCUGGCUGACUCUCCUAAGACAGGGAACCCUCAUCUGGAAUCGUCCCCCCCCAGCUAGAGGUCCCUCCAGAACCCAAACCGUCUUCUUCAACCUGUUGCCAAACGGGAAGUGGGCGUGCGGCGAUCAAGGAAAACAUUUCAAAUAAAAUAGAUAGAGGCCAUUACACAAGAUGAGCUGCGGGCAGCCCUGCACAUCAUCCCCACACAAUGAAAACAGCUCUGGGGUUUUCAUCAUCCCCGGGCUCCAGGAAGAAGAGAGGGUGGCGGUGCAGAAACGCAGCCACCAGGUGCUGAGGGCUCUACAUGGACUGUGCAUCCAGGCAGAGCAGGCUCCAGUCAUCGCUGUGUUGUGCUCUGGCGGAGGGCUGCGCGCCCACAUCGCCUGCCUCGGGGUCCUGAGCGAGCUGAGGCGACACGGGAUGCUGGAUGUCGUCACUUACCUCGCGGGUGUCUCAGGGUCCACUUGGGCAAUGUCUUCAUUUUAUGCCAAGGAUGGGAACUUGGAAGACAUCGAGGCCGAACUGAAACGUCGAUUUGACCAGAGGGAGUGGGACAGGCACAGUAGCCUGCAGGAAGCCAUCUGGUCAGCGAAGAUGUUGAAGAAUUACUCUCUGACUGACUUUUGGGCCUACUUGGUCGUCUCCAAACAAACCCGAGAACUGCAGGGCUCUCAUUUGUCCAGCAUGAAGACGCUUGUGGACGAGGGGACGAUGCCAUACCCGAUAUUUGCAGCCAUUGACAAUGACCUCCACUCUGCCUGGCAGAAGGAAAAAAACCAGAAGACCUGGUUUGAGUUCACCCCUCACCACGCUGGCUACCCUGCGCUCAGGGCCUAUGUGGCCGCCACCCACUUUGGAAGCCAAUUCAAGGGGGGCAGAAUGGUCAGACAAGAGCCCGAGCGAGACCUGACCUUCCUGAGAGGUUUAUGGGGAAGUGCUCUAGCCAGCCUUGAAGAAAUCAGGAAAUUUAUUUGGGACCAGCUGUCCAGCCUGAGAGAAAAGUUCUCACUGAUGUACCAUCCCAUGGAAGGGAGGGCAAUCGCUGGGGCAGGCGUGGAAGUGGCGCUCCUGGAUUUGGUGAUGGCUUACGUCGAAGAUCCUAAAUCCCCCAACAUCCAGGAGAAACUCCGGGGGCUGCAGCAGGAACUGGAGGCGCAGAGGAAGGAUGAGUGCCACCACAGCUGGAUGACUGAGAUAAUCCAGAGGUGGACCGAGAUCUCCCUGGAAGAGCAGGAGCAGUUCCUGGAAUACCUGGCCUAUUGCUUCCAGAGGCAAGAGCAGGACCCCAUACGGACAGUGCAAACAUCAGUGACGGUUGCAUGUUGGGACUAUUUUGUUUUUCUGCUUAAAACUGCUAUAUGCUGCUCCAAGUGGGAAUGGGGGACCACCUACAACUUCCUGCAUGAACACGGUGGCGUCAGAGACCGGGCGAUGCACACUCGGGAGCUCUUGCACCUGGUCGAUGCAGGAUUCGCCAUCAACACCCCCUACCCGCUCGUUCUGCCCCCAAUUCGGCAAGUUGAUCUCAUCCUCUCUUUCGACUUCAGCGCGGGGGAUCCUUUCCAGACCAUCAGGGCCACUGCCAAGUACUGCCAGCACCACGGCAUCCCCUUCCCCCCAGUGGAGGAGGCUGCGCUCCAGGAGUGGUCUAGAGCACCCAGGAGCUGCCACAUCCUGAGAGGGGCGGCUGGGCCCGUGGUGAUGCACUUCCCCCUGUUCAACACCGACAACUGCGGAGAUGACAUCCCGUCAUGGAGAGACAGGUACGGCACGUUCCAGGGGGCCGACAGCUACAGCAGGGACAUGGUGACGCAGCUCCUGGAGGUGUCCAAGAAGAACGUUGGCAUGAACAAGACGAAGAUCCUCAGCGAGGUGAAGAACGUGGCCAGUUCUCUGCCCUUGGCACCUGGGUCAGCCCUUGGCACAGAGACCUGCUCAAGCUCCAGGGUCCCUGAGGAGCUCUGCUCAGGAGAGGUGGAGGAGCUCACCAUCUCCAGCCCAGGAGGGCUCUACCAAGAAGUCAAGUUCAAGUUCAGCGAGGACCCAAAGCUCCCAGCUGGGGAUGAAGAGGAGUGUUCUCUGGAGGACACAGUGGUAGACGUCCGAGGCUCCCGUACUGUGGGCAUCAAGAUCACCAACAGGACAGGUGUGACGUUCAAGGAUCCCAUGCUCUGCUGUCGGAGUGGCCAGGCCCACGUGAGACCACCACCUGUGCUUCCCCCGAAGUCCACCAUCCACUGUUCCUUCACAAAGACGAGCUCCAGCUUCCAGGGCACGGCGGGCCUGCUGGCCUACCAGGGCCCAGAUGAGCACCUGGCCCUGCUGUUCUCCGUCCCCUUCAGCUACACCCUCCAUCGCAUCCAGUUUGCCCUGGCCGUGCUCAGGGGGCCGCUGGCCCAGGACGGCCUGGAGCAGGUCUUUGAUGGCAUCAUGAAGAAGGAGGCCCCGGAUCCCAAGGUGGUGAAGUGCAUCCUGCAGACCCCUCAGGGGGCCCUGGAGCUGAAGGAUGGCUCCCUGAGCAUCAGAGCCACCGUGUCCAAUGUUCAUGUGGCCAAAAUGGAUGUGGUGAUGAAGACCAAAGCCACCUAACUCUCCCUUGUCAUUUCACCUGGCUGCUACAGCCCCCGUGGGCGGGUGACCCCAGGGAAGGAGGAAUGGGCCCCUGUCAUGGGCUAGAUCCUCGGGGCCAAGUCAGCUAUGAGGACACAGGUGCCUAAUAAAGCUUGCUGAGUGACGCUGUGUGA